AUGAAGCUCUGCCUGCCGCUCGCUGCCACCUGCCGCUCCUUAAUCUGCGUCCCUCGCGCGCACCCGUUCGCCACCGCCGCCUCGAGCGGCGUGGGGCUCGGCCUGCCACGAGUCGCCGAGCUCAUCGGCAGCGCCACGCCCGGUUCGGUCGUCGUCAUGGCUGGCGCGGGCGUGUCCGUCUCGUCGGGAAUCCCGGACUUCCGGUCGCCCGGCACGGGCCUGUACGACAACCUGCAGGAGUACGGCCUGCCGUACCCUGAGGCGAUCUUUGAUCUCGACUUUUACCGGCGGAACCCCAAGCCGUUCCAGCGGCUGUGCAAGGAGCUCUGGCCGGGCAACUUCGCGCCCUCGCCCACGCACUACUUCUUCAAGCUGCUGCACGACAAGGGGAAGCUGCGCCGCGUCUUUACGCAAAACAUCGACUCGCUCGAGACGGCAUCUGGCCUGCCCGCCGACCUCGUCGUGGCGGCGCACGGCAACUUCGACGGAGCGCACCGCGUGACCGACACGGGGCAUCCGGGCGCGGCGGUGCCGCUCGAGGAGGUGCGCCAGGCGGCCCUCCAUGGCGGCGACGCGGAGUGGGACGCGCUCUUCGAGGCGCACGGCGGCCCAGUCAAGCCGUCGAUAGUCUUCUUCGGCGAGCAGCUGCCGCGCCGCUUCUUUGAGCUGGCGAGGGCGGACUUUCCAAAGUGCGAGCUGCUGCUCGUGCUGGGCACGUCGCUCGGCGUGCACCCCUUCGCCGGCCUCGUCGGCGAGACGCGCGUCGGCGUGCCGCGCCUCCUCAUCAACCGCGACAGGGUGGGCGAGCACCUCGGGCUCGACUUUGCAAGCGGGACCGACGGCUGGGUGGGGGGCGACUCGGACGCGGCGGUCCGCGAGCUCGCCUCGCUGCUCGGCUGGACGGCGGAGCUCGAGCAGCUCGUG